CUCAAAGACUUCUUGGGAAGACAAACUCAAACUCGCCCAUUUUGCGUGGAUUUCUCACCAGUGCGUUUUUCCUAAUAAGGAGCAAUCUUCUCCAGGCUAAACAGGCCCACGUCCCGCAGCCGUUCCUCAUCAGAGAGAUGUUCCAGUCCCCUGAUCAUCUUGAUGGCCCUGCACUGGACUCCCUCUAGAAGUUUCUUAUACAGGACGCUCUAAAGUCCUGAUGCUUUUGGGCAUACUUGAGAACAACAACUUGAGGGUGGGAGGACCAACUGUAGAUGCAUACUUGCAAAGAGUGCACUGUGGAUUCGUGGACUUCUUGGAAGGUAUUACUUGAUUGGGUAAGCCAUACAUUGGUUUCAUGCUGCAAUAAGAGACUUGAACUGGAGGAUGAAGUUGUGGAGAAGCUUUGGGCGUAUCUAAACAGCAUUAUACAUAGCAGAAGACUACAGAAUCUCUUAAAGAAUGGGAAGACAAUCGGCCUCAGUUUUUCAAUUGCACAGGUGAUAAAUCAAAGGUUAUCAGAGGCCUGUUCUCAAAAAGCACAGCGAAAUAUUGGCACAGUGCUAAGUUGCUCCAGUGGCAUCCUUUCUACUCCUUCUCUCUCCAUCAUUUAUACAGCAAAGUGUGAGCUUUUGGUUGAUCUCCUCAGCAAGCUGUCCAAGCUGGCAUGUCAGCAGCUGGCUUCUGAAGAUGCAGUGGGUUCCCAGUUGUUCAGUGUCCUCCAGCUUACCUUUGCUCAGUACCUUCUGAUCCAGAGGCAGCAAACCAACCCAAAUCGUGUGUUUGGGCAAGUAACGAGUCACUUGCUCCAGCCUUGUCUGCUCCUGAGGCACUUGCUGACUGUGAGAAGCUGGACACAAGCAGAUGACAACCAUGUGCAUCAGCACCUGAGCAAGGAAAUCCGAAACCAAAUAGAGACUUUGCUGCAGGCUGGGUUAUUCCAACCGGAGCUUUUCUCGUCCUACAAAGAGGAGCUGCUGCCAGAACAGGAACACCAGGAAAAGAAGAAAGGAACUUUGAAAAGUCUUUUGCUACCAGUCAACACGGUGCAGACCAAGCUGGGCAGUGGCUUUUGUGAACCUGCCCUCCAUGGAGCCGUUGUGGCUAGUUCGGUGUCCCUGCUCUAUAAGCUCUUUGUGGACUCUUACUGUAAGGCAGAAAACUACCUUGUGUGUUUCCACAUGUUCCACAGGCUUUUUGGCCAGCUCAGGCUCUCUGGCCUACUGCAGGAUGUGAGGGAGGACACACUCUCCCCUGCAGACUGGAGCAUGGAGCUGCUUGCUUUGGAACAGCUCCUGAACCUGGUGCUUAGCAGUGAUAUCUAUAACGUCGCCAGUGACCGCAUCCGGCACAAGGAGGUGCAGUUUGGGUUUUAUCGCCAGCUGGCACAGAUGUUGAUGAAGCACUCCCAAGCUUCCAUCCCUGCUUGGUUCAGGUGUCUCAAACUCUUGAUGUCAUUAAACCACCUGAUAGUAGAUGCAGACCUGGAUGACUUAGUGGCCUCGGCCUGGGUUGAUGCCAGGGCCUCCGAGCUGCGUACGAGGAAGCCUCAGGAGGCUCUCAUCAGCACCCUGUUUCAGACUUACUCCAAGCUGCGACAGUUCCCACGGCUCUUUGAGCAGGUGCUGACAGUCAUUUGCUGGCCAGCUGCUGAUGAGCUGAGGCUGCCUGUCUUCUCUGCUGGCCUGACAGUAAAGCUUCGCGAGUGCCUCCUUGAGCUGCCACCCAACCAGAUUCUGGACAUUCUGUGUCUCUCUGUGGAGAAGUGCCAGACUCUUAUCAUUCCUGCUGUUGAAGGGUCAGGUGACAUGGCCUUGAAGCUCCUGUCAGUGAGCUCAGUGCUGCACGCUUUUCUCUUCAACAUGAGGAGCCUAGAUGAUGCCACUCCUUCCCCUGUGGUCCUUCGCACUCAGAGUCUGUUAGCAAAGAUGCAGAAGGGAAUAAUUCAGCCACUGAUGGAGAUGCUGCAGGCUCCUAGAAGAGAGGAAGAGAAGUCAGACCUUUGGCUAAGAAAGGCCUGUGACUCUGCUCUUCUCCUUGCUUACACUUGGGUUGAGGUAGACACUUUGUUUGGCUUUAGCUGCAGUAAAUACGUGUCUCCAGCAGCUGAAGUUGUUUGUGCUGUUACUCCAUGUGCUGUGAGGCACUGGGGCAUUUCAGCUUUCCUCCCUGCUGUGGAGGAGCAGUGUUGGGAGAGGGUCACAGACCUUGCAAAUAGUUUUGCCUCCACUAGUAAAUACUGCUUAGAACUGCUCACACUUCAGAAAAUGAAGAUGAUCUUAAUGCAGACCCCAGCUGACCUACAGGCAUUGCAGCGUGCUGCAGCUUUUAUCCUGGAGUCUGGGAGAUCCAGCAUGAGCAGAGGAGAAUCAGAACCAUGGGAUGGAGAUAUCAGCACAAUAAGUGAUCUUACUUACCCCACGGCACACUGGCACCUUGUCAUCUCCAACCUGACCAUCCUGUUGCCAUAUAUUUCCCUGAAAGAUGUAGAGUACAUUGCAAAUUUGCUUCUAGAGACAUUAGUAUUGGCCAAAGCUCAGGAACCUGCCUCAGACCAGGAGCCUUCCAUCAGCAUUGGGAAGAUAUCUCUCGGUUUGAUGCAUAGCUCCUUUCUUCCCGAAAUGAAGGUCCUGCAUUGUGCUUUUCUGACCAGUCUUAUUCAUCAGUUCGCUGGGGUGCUGCCUACUGCUGCCGGGGAUCCAGUAGAUCUGCCACUUCAGCAGCUGACUGCAGGUAAUAUCCCUUGGCAUGAAGAAGUCCUCGCUUCUUGCAGAGCUGUUGACCCAUUGGAAGCAACAUCGGAAAACAAACUGCUGAAGGAUGAGCUCAGCUUGUCGUGGAAAACACUGCAGAAAGUUGCCCAGUGUAUAGUGUUGUUAGCAAAAAACGACUGCCCCAUUGUCCUGAAAGAAAGUCAUCUAGAAAGCUGUUUGGCUUUACUAGAAAUUGCUUCUCUCCUGAAGCUAGACAGUUUUCUUCCUGCUGACUGUACCCGGUGUUCUCUGGUCCUGCUGUCCCUGCUAGUCAAUACCAGGGCUAGUGUCUCUUGUAGCAAGCUGUUACUGAUGAAGUUUCUAAGUACCUGCUUCCACCUCCUGAGGUGCUUGCAAGCCGGCAGGAAUGCCAGCUCUGUUUUUAAGGUGUUUCAUGCCAGCGAUGUUCUUGAGGCUGUCAUGACCUCCCAACUUAAAACUUGCAAAUUCUUCACUAAUGUCUUGACUGUUCCUGUUUGGGCACAGUAUCUCCAAGAGGUUCAAGAUUUUUUUGAAAGCUUUCUUCAGAUGGUUAUUGAAAGGAGGCAAAGUGUGAAGCUCAACUUUGAAAAGUUCAUGUCUUUCCUGAUGAGCUGUAAGCCAGAUGUCAGUGCAGGCGAAAGGAAAGGCUGGAAUCCCGCAGCUGGACAGUUACUGCUCAUGGUAUUCACCACCCUGUGUCAUGUCGUCACCCUCUACCUUCAGCAGCUGCCAGAAAAGAAGCUGCAGUCUCUGGACGUACUCUCUGCUCUGUUGGAGGCAGUAGUUGUGCAGAUGGUCAGAACUGUUGAACAUGGCCUGCAGAUUAACACCCGAAACCAGCCUUUGCCUGUAGCAUUCAUCCCAUCUGUAACUACUCUUCUUAAAGCAGAUCUGAGCCACGCUGUCAAGAAGGAGCGCUGUGGGUUUUUGGAGCAACCCCGUGUUAAACUGUACCAAAAGUUUUACUCUCAGAUCCUGAAAGAGCUGCCCUGUGCGGGAAGUAACCUGCAGUUCCUUCAGCUGGCCUUGCAGUUCCUCGCGGUCUUCUGCUCAGUGCCAGAGAUGUAUCCUGAAAAAGAAACUGCUGUCGUGGUUGUUCUUGCCAUAAAAAGGCUGCUCGCUGGUCCUGCAAUCACAAUGCAGGUGAUCCAAAGUGUGGAGAUGGAGCUGACAGAGGUGUUUGUCCAGCUACUGGGAAACUGUUCUGCGGAGGAGUUUUAUACCAUAAUGAGGCUGGUGCUGCAGGGACUUGAAAUGAAGAAUGUUUGGCAACAGAAGGCUAAAGAAGUAUUGUCAGCUGUUACACUAACCAAAUUGUUGCUCAGCUGCCCAUUAAGUGGAGACAAAGAGAAAGCUUUCUGGUUUGCCAGCCCACAGAUUGUCACAGCUUUGGCCAUGCAAACCAAAGAGGCCUGUCGGGACCCAUCACUGAUUUCCACCAUAGUUGUACCUAUUCUAGAAACUGUAGCAGCUCUACUAAGGCAAGGAGAAGGGGUUCUCUUGAAUCCACAUCAUGUGUCAUUGGCAUUCAGCAUUCUUCUCACAGUCCCUCUGGAUCAUCUGAAGACAGAAGACUAUCACAGUGUAUUCCUGGGGGUCCACGAAGUGCUCUUCUCUAUUGUGCAGUGUCAUGCGAAGGUGCUGUUGAAAGCAGCACCAUCUUUUCUGAACAGUUUCCAUCGUCUGGUUGUUUCUGUCAUGCAUGAAGGACGUCAGAAAGGAGACAGAGGCAACACAGAUGAGUUUGAAGUUAUACUGAAGUGUGCACACUUGGUGGAACGGAUGUAUACUCAUAUUGCUGCAGAAAUGGAAGACUUCACUGUGUUUUCUGCUUUCAUUGUGGCUCAGUAUGUGACUGAAUUGCAGAAGGUGACUUUGCACCCGUCUGUGAAGAAACAUCUCACAGAAGGGAUAUAUCACAUCCUUGACCUUUGCAUUGAACGGGACAUCAAGUUCUUAAAUGCAUCGUUACCAACAGGUGUAAGGGAGGUCUUUAAGGAUCUGUAUAAUGAUUACAACCACUACCACAAAGCAAAAAAACAUGGGGAGGAAAAGUAUACUGCAUGAUGAAUUCUGUCUAGUGCUGCAUAAUCAGUUAUGAAUUGAUGUUGCAGUGCUUAGAAAAUCCUCAGCUGCUGUUUGGUUUGGGACGACUAGCAAGAUCAAAUCUGAAGAGGGUCCUCUAAACCUGGAUUGCAUCUGUCUUUUUACAACCAGCCUUAAUGAAUGGGAAAAGGGGAGUGGGGAGGGAGGGAUGUGCUGUUAGGUCUGGUCCUGCUGUGUGCCACCAAUGGCAGAACUGCUACGCCUGUGCUGGCCCUGGCAGAUUCGCUUUGAGCCUUGGGGAGUUUGCUGUAGUCUGGCAGCAGAUGUUGGGCUUCAGGCUUUGGCAUAUCAUGGUGCUUUUCUGUGGAUGCAAUAGUCUGGUGUAAAAACCAGUGAGGGUUGUAACUCCUGCUCUCGCUUACAUGGUAAGCAGAAUGAAAGCAGAUAAAGUGCUUAGUUUUGUACUCUCUUAUUUUACAUUUGUUACUGAAGCAAUUUGUGAAUGUUACACAGCUGCACAGUAAGUAACUGUGCAGAACUGUGGAAAUAUAGUAAAAAAAUUGAAAGUUUG